UCUCUCUAUUCUCCGAAUAGGACAGAGGAGGAGAGAGGCUGUAUUCUGGAGAAGGGCCGGGCCGCCAUUAUUGGGAAGCUGUAAAAAAUACACUUACACACUGUCAUACAUUUGGACAGUCUGGGAAGUGAUACUCAUAGGAAACACAACAUUUAGGGUUGCUAUUAUUAAAUGAGCACUGCGCAUCACCUAACACGGCAUAUUCUGUGUACGCGUAUGGGCAGACGUGUAUAUUGGACACAACAAAGGAAAUAACAAUUGGUCAAAACAACGUGGUGAACCAAGAGGCAAACACAACGACUCAAGCCUUUCUAACGCCCCCUCUUUCCUAACGCGAACAUUCAGCGGACAAGAAACUGAAGUUCUACUGCAUUUUCCCGAGAUAAUUUAGAUAAUUGUGUUGUGUGCAAAGGGAAGAGGAGGAACUAAACAUGCAGAUGGUACCGAAAACUUAAUACGCUACUUGUGAAAAUAGAGACUUGAUUUCAGGGGAAAGAAAUAUACCAAGUGUCCAAAAGGGAAAUAUAUAGAUUUAUGUGACUGUUAGAGGAGUAGAAUUUCCCCUCUUUCCUAAUUAUAUUCUCGAGACGUUGGGAUUGCUGUUUUUGCGAGUUGCGACGGAGGACAUUGGAGAGAAAGGAGUGAACGAGAGAAGAGGGAGGAAUGCUAUGAGUCGGACCCAAGGCCAGUAAGAAUCUUUGCAUGGAAAGACCGUCCUGCAGCCUCCUCCCUAGAGCUUGUGGGCAUGGCAGGAUGAGUGUCUGCGUUCGACGAUGAUGGCAAAAAAGCAAGAUGCAAAGGCGCCCACCUACAACCUGGUCGUGGUGGGCCUGUCCGGCACAGAGAAAGAGAAGGGGCAGUGUGGCGUGGGCAAGUCCUGCCUGUGCAACCGCUUCGUCCGUCCCAGCGCAGACGACUUUUACCUGGACCACACCUCCGUGCUAAGCACCAGCGACUUCGGAGGACGCGUGGUGAACAAUGACCACUUCCUGUUCUGGGGGGAAACGGGGAGGGUGCUGGAGGAGGGGCCGGAGUGCAGGAUGCAUGUGGUGGAACAGACAGAGUUCAUUGAUGACCAGACGUUCCAGCCGCACCGUUCCACAGCCCUCCAGCCCUACAUCAAGAGGGCAGCUUCCAACAAGCUGGCCUCUGCAGAAAAGCUGAUGUACUUCUGCACAGACCAGCUUGGGCUGGAGCAGGACUUUGAGCAGAAGCAGAUGCCUGAGGGGAAGCUGAUGGUGGAUGGCUUCCUCCUCUGUGUGGACGUCAGCAGGGGCAUGAACCGUAACUUUGACGAACAGAUGAAGUUCAUCACUAAUCUCUAUAACCAGCUAGCCAAGAACAAGAAGCCAGUGGUUCUGGUGCUCACCAAGUGCGACGAGGGGGUGGAGCGCUACAUCAAGGACUCGCACACCUUCGCCCUGGCCAAGAAGAACCUCCAGGUGGUGGAGACGUCAGCACGCUCCAACGUCAACGUAGACCUGGCCUUCCUCACCCUGGUGCAGCUGAUAGACAAGGGCCGGGGCAAACCCAAGAUCAUCCCCUACUUUGAGGCCCUGAAGCAGCAGAGCCAGCAGAUCGCCUCGGCUAAAGACCACUACGAAUGGCAGGUCAGCCGCAUCGUGAAGAACCACAAUGAGACGUGGCCCAACAUAAACCGGCGCAUGCAGACCUCCCCAGAGUACAAGGAGUAUGUCUUCCUGGAGGGCACGGCCAAAGCCAAGAAGCUCUUCCAGCAGCACGUCCACAGGCUCAAACAGGAGCACAUUGAGCGAAGGCGGAAGGUCUAUCUCAGCACCCUGCCUCAGGCACUGGUUUCCCUAGUCCCUGAGCUGGAUGAGAUCGACCACCUGAGCUGGUCCGGGGUCCAGAAGGUUCUGGAGACCAAGCGGGACUUCUCCCAUUGGUUCGUUGUGUUGGACGACACCCCCUGGGAGACCACGCCACACAUAGACAACAUGGAGGAUGAGAGGAUUCCAGAGGAUCUCCUGGAGACCCCUGUGGCCGAGACAAUUUAUGAGAGCCACCUGGAGCACCUGAGAAACGAGCGCAAAAAGGCGGAGAUGAAGUGGGAGUUCAAGGAGAAGCUCAGUGCCUCUCCCUUUAUCACAGCAGGCAAGCCCUGGGAGGAGGCACGCAGCUUCAUCAUGAAUGAAGACUUCUACCAGUGGCUCGAGGAACAAGAGUACCUAGACAUCUACAACAGGCACCAGAAGGAGAUCAUCGACCGAGCCAAGGAGGACUUCCAGGAGCUGCUGCUGGAGUACUCAGAGCUCUUCUAUGAGCUGGAGGUAGACGCCAAGCCAAGUAAGGAGAAGAUGGGGGCCAUCCAGGAGGUGUUGGGGGAGGAGCAAAGGUUCAAGGCCCUGCAGAAGUUACAGGCAGAGAGGGACGCUUUGGUUCUCAAGCAUAUCCACUUUGUCUACCACCCCACCAAGGAGACCUGCCCAAAUAGCCCCCACUGUGUGGACUGUAAGAUUGAACAGGUUCUAGCCUCCAAGUUCCCCACUCGAUACUCCUUCUUUGAUAGCCAUAAACCAGGUGACGGGAAUGCAGAUCGGAUUAACCUGGUCAUUCUGGGUAAAGACGGCCUGGGUAGAGAACUGGCCAAUGAGAUCAGGGCUUUGUGCACUAAUGACGACCGUUACGUGCUGGAUGGAAAAAUGUAUGAGUUGUCCCUCCGGCCCAUAGAGGGCAACGUUCGGCUGCCGGUCAAUUCCUUCCACACACCUACCUUCACCCCCCAUGGCGUCCUGUGUCUCUACAACUCUAAGGAGUCACUAUCCUACAUUGUGGAGAGCAUUGAAAAGCUCAGAGAGUCCACGCUAGGCCGAAGGGAAAACAGUCUAUUUCAGCUGCCCAUGAACCUGCUCCUAGUCACCAAACGGGGAGUAGGGUCCGUCAGGGACAUUGGGGGGGAGACGGCCCACACACUUAUCCUCCAGGGGCAGCAGGUGGCUGGGAAGCUACAGUGUGGUUACCUAGACCCCGCCUCCCCUGGGGUGGGCUAUGGACGCAAUGUGAACGAAAAGCAGAUCAACCAGGUGUUAAAAGGUCUGUUAGAAUGCCGUAGGCCCCCUGGGAGCAUAGGCAGCAGCUCCCCUCCUUUACCCCCUUCCUUCAGAGACUCUCACUCCCAGCCCAUCCCCGAGACAGACCUGCGGAUAGUCAUGUGCCUGAUGUGUGGGGACGAUUAUGACGUGGAGCAGCUCCUCUCGCCUCUCCUGCUGCCCCAGCACUGCCGGCCGGCCUCCAGCCUGAGCAGUGGCACGUCCGUGCUCCUAGAGCUCACGGUGGGGGCUCAGAGGCACACCAUCGACCUCUCCCUGCUCUCCUUCCACUCUUCAUUUGCCCUACGGAAGAGCCGGCUGGUGCACGGCUACAUCGCUGUGUAUUCGGCCAGGCGCAAGGCGUCCAUGGAGACCCUGUGUGCAUUCCUGUGCGAGGUGCAGGACAUCAUCCCCGUGCAGCUGCUGGCGGUGGGGGAGAGUCAGGCUGAGCUGUCGGACUCUGAAGUGGCCAGGGAGCAGGUGAGCCAGGGGGAGGAGUUGGCCCGGGAGAUCGAGGCCAGGUUUAACACAGUAGUGUGUGGGCCCGGAGGGGUGGUGGGAGGCCUGCACAGGAUAGACCUCUUCCAGCCCUUCCUGAAGGAGGUUGUGGAGAAACGCACCAUAGUGGAGGCCACACACAUGUACGAUAAUGUAGCAGAUGCCUGCACCACUGAGAGCAUGAGCCCGGCCCGCUGCAAUUCCCCCAGCCCCAUCAACACCCUGCUAGACUCUGAGGAGGAUGUGGAGCCCUCACCGCCCUACCCCGAUAGUACCCCCACCUCCCACCUGGGGGGUUUCAAGCUCCCUGACCUGGAGUCCAGCGACGCCUUCUCAGUCAUCUCCGAGAUCAGCACCUUCGAGAGCAAGCUCAACAACAAGGUGCCCCCGCAGGUACGGCCCAAGCCCCCUGUACGGAAAGUCAACCUGGGGCCCUACAUGGACCAGCAAGGGACCAACCGCCGCUCUUUACCGCCUGCUGUCACCUGGGCGCCGGGUAGCGACGGUGGCUACGACCCCUCGGACUACGCAGAGCCCGUGGAUGCCGUGAUCAAACAGCGACCCACGGAGGAGGAGAGCAUCUACUCGGUGCCCCACGACAGCACUCAGGGCAAGAUCAUCACCAUCCGCAAUGCCAACAAGCAUUCUAACGGCGGGGGCAAUGGCUCGGAUAGCGAGGCUGACAGCAGCUCCCUGGAGCGGAGGCGGAAGAUGUCUGCUCUGGGGGUGAAGCCGCGGCUGUACCGCGACCGCUCGAAACGCCUGGGCAAGUUCAGCAGCUUCCGCACUAGCUUCUCUAUCGGCAGUGACGACGAGCUGGGGCCACCCAAGGCACCAGAGGAGCUGGGCGGGGCGCACAAGGGGGACAACUCUAUUAACGAGGAGGGUGAGGACCCCAAGAGGAGGAACAUCCUCAGGAGCCUGCGCAGAAACACCAAGAAACCGCGGCCCAAGCCCAGGCAUUCCGUAUCCAAAGUAGAAAGCAACUACUUUGGCGUGCCAUUGGCCAACGUGGUGACACCUGACCGACCCAUCCCCCUCUUCAUCGACAAGUGCAUCCGAUAUAUUGAGGCAACAGGUAUCACUACUGAAGGGAUCUACAGGGUGAGUGGGAACAAGUCAGAAAUGGAGAGCAUGCAGAGGCAGUUUGACCAGGACCAUAACCUGGACCUGGUGGAGAAGGACUUCACCAUCAACACGGUGGCCGGGGCCAUGAAGGCCUUCUUCUCUGAGCUUCCUGAACCCCUGGUGCCCUACAGCCAUCAGAUUGAACUGGUGGAGGCCUUCAAGCUCAACGACAGGGAUCAGCGGGUUCACGCCAUGAAGGACAUCCUGCGCCGUUUCCCCAGGGAAAACUAUGACGUCUUCAAAUACGUCAUCAAUCACUUGAACAAGGUGAGCCAGAAUAACCGUUUGAACCUGAUGACCAGUGAGAAUCUGUCCAUCUGUUUUUGGCCCACUCUGAUGCGGCCCGACUUCACAACAAUGGACGCCCUGACGGCCACGCGGACCUACCAGACAAUCAUCGAGUCCUUCAUCCACCAGUGUGCUUUCUUCUUCUACAAUCAGCCCCUGUCUGACACCCCUAGCGGGCACGCCUCCCCCACCGCCACCCUCUCCUCCCACGGGGGAACCUCGGCCUACUCCUCCUUGGCCUACAGCUCUCCGUCCCUCACACCCUCCCCGGCCCCUUACGUUAUGCCCGCCACGCCGCCCGUCAUCCCCCACUACGGGCCGCCCCAUAUCCAGAUGUCCCCGCCACACACACCCCAGUCCCCCAUCCAGGCCCUGCUGCCCCCCCUGCACCCCCAUCACCCCCCCACGGAACAACACAUGCUGUGAGCCAGGGAUGGAAGGAAAUAAAGAGAUUAGCGGGGGAGAGAUGCAAAGAGUUUGAGAUUCAGAGGGAGGUAUGGGGGGGGGGGGGGGGGGGCGGUGAGAGAAGAACGUUAAGUGGGAGAGAUUUUGAAGGGAUGGUGAGAAAUAUGGAGGGAUAGAGAAGAGAGUGAGUUUUAGGGACAGGGAAAGCAAAAGAGAAGAUGAGCAGGUAAGUGAGAUGCAGUACAUAUAGGGAAAAACUGUUGGGAGAGGGGGUUAUCCAACCCCCAUUGCGUUUAAAGAUAUAUACACACACACACAUGACUCAGGGGAGGGGGUGGGAAAGAGAAACUUUUGAGCCACAAGAGCCACGACUUGUCCUCCCAUACCACUGUAGUCUCUUGACUCUUCUCUCUUCUCUACCACUUAUUCUGCCCCCUUCUCCGCGGCCUUAGAGAGUACCUCCCCCUCCAACACACACUCUGCUGCCCUCCCACUGACACCCACAGCCUCGCCCGGGACACCCCUGUGUCGCCAGCCCGUGUCAUUUGGGCUCAGUGAGGGAGUAACACCCAAGGAAACACCAAGUGUCAUGUCCCUCCCCAAACAUAAAAAAAACCCUUCAGAACUUCUGACCGUAGCUAGGCAGGGUAUCUUUGGGGGAAGUGUGGGAAGAACAUGAACUAUAUGGACCUUCUAGCUGGACUCUAAAACCACUCCCCAGUGCCCCACCUUCAUCUCCUCACCACCACUCACCGCGAUGGGGCUGUGGAUUGCCAGCGACUGCCCUGUCCCCCCCAGGUUGAUCCUGGGUCAAUGUGGAAGGAGGACCUAACCAGUAGCUUCUCAGCGUUUAUUUGACCAUUGUUACCAGGAAAUGGACUAGAGGCAGGCUUCGCCUCUCCCACAUGGACCAGCUUCCACUUCAAUAGAUUCAUUCCUAAACCCCCACCCCCUUCGCUUCAGUGUCCAUUACAACCAGAGAUAACGCCAAGAACAAAAGUCUCAACUGACUGGAUCUGCAGGGAGGAUGGAGCACGGAACUUUGGGUGCUCUCACACCCUCGGCAUCUUGGGAGACCUCCUCCGUUCCUUUCUGUCUUCUCUGACCCCAUGCCCCCGAGCCUCCAGGCAACGCUGGAAGACUGUUGUUUUUCUUUUGAUUAAAGAGGAUAUCUUUACUCCCAUUUCUUUCCGGAUGUUUAAUGUUGUUCCAACCUUCCUUUCUCUUUCCCCCCUAUGCUUCCAUUUAGAUUUUCAAACUGUGGAUCAGUUUUGGAGAGUGUUCCGUUGAUGACUGACCGAUCAGAAUGCACUCUCACACAGCAAGUCCCUCCUGUCAGAUGUCCAUGCUUACUUCUCAUUGGCCCUUCUGCUUUCUGUGAAGGGCGGGAAUAACUGGCAGGGAGAAUUAGGAUAGAUGAGGAAGGGGUGGGAUUCAGGGAUGCACUUUAUGGACUCUGGACUCUGAAAAGCAUCUAGGGCUCUUCGACACGGAAGGCAGAGAGGAACAGCCAUAACGAUUCCCUUAAGGAUCCCAGGGGGCAUUGGGAAGUGGUGGCAGGGAAUUCCCUCUUCCUCCUGUUACCCAUGAGGGGUUUGGAAGCCUGGAGAGACAUGGGAGCAUGACCUGUGUGUGUGUGUGUGUGUGUGUGUGUGUGUGUGUGCGUGUGUGCGUGCGUGCGUGCGUGCACAUGCUUCUAAUAUGGUAGAGAGCGGGAGAAUCAUUAGUGUAGAGCUCUCUGAAGUUUAUUGAGAUUGAGAGACUGCAGAGCACUUUUGGGAGCCUCUUUAGUGAGAAGUGCGACAACACUUUCUCACCAUGUCUAAUGCGUUGUGAAGUCAUGUAGCCACCUCUCUGAGAACACACCAUUGCCAUCUGGUGGACAACAUAGUUACUGCAGCUAUGACCUCACCCACCACUGCAUGGGCGGAACACUACCCCCCCUCCUUGUGUGUAACAGAUCUUUCUACAUGCACAAUCCCCCAUAUUUAUCUGUUGAAUGUCAAGUCAAAUGGUCAUAUUGAGCCCAAUAGGAAUUAUUUGUAUAUAACAUAGAUGGAGAGUCUAUACGAUGAAAGCCAUUUGAACUGCAUUGAGAUUAGUCUGUGGGUGAUCAUAUCUGUUGUGUUGCUAGGCAGCCAGCACUUUGAUACAGAUAUAUACUCUCCAGAGUGCGGUGUUGAGGAAGUGUAUGACAACAUAGAUGUUCGUGUCAGCUGUCCAUGAUGCAGACAGUCCAGUGACUAGUCUAGUGUCCAGCUGUGCAACUGCUAGUUGGCAGUACUUGGUGAUGUGUAGUCAUGUGUUUUUGUACUGAGGCUGGCUCAGGAUAGCUGUUCACAUCCAUUCAGCUGAGUGUGACCGGGAUGCACACGAAGGAAAGGAAAUGAGGAAGCAAGUUUAGAGUAUUGAAACGCAGCCAAUGGUGUUGAUAGUCCCUCAGUGCCAUCCUAUGUUUAUUGGUAUCCCACUUCCUGGUUGGCACCGCUUGGUAUCCCUGCCCUCUUUUGACACGGCUCUGUUCCCUGGUCCAGAGAGACGCUCCGGGAUGGAGCAGAACAGACAGUCUAUUCAUCUGUGUUGAUGACUGCGGAAUUCCAUGGUUCUGUGUGUGGUUGUCAUAGAAACCUGUUUGAUCGUUAGUGUGUGUGUGUGUGUGUGUCCGCACACAUUAGAAAGAGUGAAACCAAGGUCAUGUAAUUUGUUUCAUUUUGACCCUCGGCUUUACACACUCAUGCCUGUCUCCACGUCUCUCCAGUUCCCAUCGUCUUGACUGACAGGCCUCCCUGCCAAUCACUGAAGUUAUACCCUGACGCCGACCCAAUGAUCUCCCGUCAGUAUACACAGUAUACACUACCUAUAUGACAUGUUGGCGUGUCUGUGUCAUUUGAGCUGUCAGUAGUAGCCAGACGUCAGUGUAACUCGACCCUAAACAAAGACCACGUGGCUUACAGUGGAGACUGCAUUUCUCCUCACGGUCAUUACCCCCACUUAAUGUAACCUGGACCUGACCACAGUUAUCCCCUUAGCUAGCUAUAGGUUUACUUUUCACAGAUGGAGAGUGAGAGAGAGACCGAGAGCGAGAGAGAUGUGAAUGGGAUCAUUAUUUGGGAGAUGGAGGAGGGGUGGGAAGGGGGAGGGGGGGGGCAAACUUUGGUACUUUUGAAUGCCGGCCAGUGGCAUUCCCUGUGUAUAUCAAUGUGUUAAUACUGAACAGACUGUGAGGCAGCCAAAGACUGUGCAAAAAAAAAAAAGGGUGGGGGAGAGAGGAGGCAAAGCGACAAAUGGAGGCUAAAAAAAACAAUUGUAAUUAAAGAUGUGACGUUUGUUCUGCGAUCUUGUGGCUGCGUCGCUUUCCUUUUUCUUCUAUGCUUUGCAACAACGGUGACAGGUGGUCUGUUAAGUUCAAAUGAGAAACAAGCAAACUAUAUUCAAAUGGUUGUUUAUCUGUAUGUUAGGGGGUCUAACACUUUGCCCUUUAGUCAAUGGUGAUAGAAUUGUUUUUCUUUUUUUCUUUUAAUAAUAAUAAAAAUAAUAAAAAAUAAACGUUUUUUUUUUAACAAUUUUGUGAAUGGUGAAGAGACCAGCCCAGUAUAGUGCAUGAUUUUUUUUGCCCAGGCAAGGGAGGGGGCUCGACCACUCUCAGUAUUUAAAGACGAGAAGAUUAAAAAAAUGAAAUGGUGGAAAAAAAUGUAACCUGUAUAAAAGAUUGGAGAAAAAAAAGUACAAAAAUAAACAGAAAAAAUGCUGUCAUUAUUUGCUAAGAGUAUGGUAAUUUGUCUCAAUAGGAAUGGUGUAUACAGCAAGGCCUUACAUGACCUGUAUUAUAGUUAAUAAAUCAAUCUUGUAAAA